UGGUGGCGGCGCGUGAAUACACGUUGGUUGAGAGAGGAUGGGAAAUCAAUGAAGAUGAUAAAAUCUUGUAACACUCACUCUCGAGUAUAAGACCCCCAAAUCCCGGAAAAACGAGAACUAUUCUUGCCAUAAAAAUCAUAAGGAAAGCAUCAGCAACAGUACCCAUAAUAAAAGCUGAAAAGAAGAAAACAAGAUCCACCUCGAACCUCUCUCCUCACCCCCUCCUCCUCCUCCUCUUCCUCCUCCGCGGCUAAUUAUCACCGGUCCGGCGUUCUUACCUCCUCCGCCACUCCUCAAUCGAAUCGAAUUCUAGUUUGUGAGACACAGAGAGAGAGACUCGUUCUUUCUGAAGAAAAAGAGAAAGAGAAAAAAAAAAAAAACUUCUAUCUUUGUGGCUCUCUUCUUUUUUUUCUUUGGAUUUUGUUGUUAAUUAUUGGUCCAUUUGAAUACCCAAAUCCCAGAAAUCUAUCUUCUUUGAAGAGAAUAAGGGAGGUAGUGAAUUGUGUUUGGGUCAGUAUUUAGGGAAACAAGGAAAGAAAUGAGGGAUGAUGAUUCUAAUUGGUUUUCAAGAUGGGAGGAAGAGCUCCCGUCACCUGAAGAGCUUAUGCCCUUAUCUCAAACCCUAAUUACUCCUGAUCUUGCCCUUGCUUUUGAUAUCCGUAAUCCUACUAACACCGCUACCAUUAAUACCACCUCUCUUAUGCAACAAAAUCAGCCCCCUCCUCCUCCACCGCCGCCGCCCACGGCCAAUACCCCCUCCCCUAACCACCCCUUGCCACAUUCCCAACCUAACUCCGCUGAAUACGCUGCUGAUUCUGCUGACUUGGGUUCUGGGGCUGCCGGUGAUGAGCCUGCUAGAACCCUUAAGCGGCCUCGUCUCGUCUGGACCCCCCAGCUUCAUAAGAGGUUUGUGGAUGCUGUUGCACACUUGGGGAUCAAAAAUGCCGUUCCCAAGACUAUAAUGCAGCUCAUGAGUGUAGAUGGGUUAACUAGAGAGAACGUAGCUAGUCACUUGCAGAAGUAUCGUUUAUACCUUAAAAGGAUGCAGGGGUUGUCAUCUGGUGGUUCUGGUGGGAUUAAUGGCACUGGUGGUGGCGGGGGUGGUGGAUUGGCCGCAGGUUCUGAUGCUGCAACUGAGCAUUUGUUUGCAAGUUCUCCAGUACCUGCACAUUUCCUGCAUCCAGGAAGGCCUAAUUCGGAUCAUUACUUGCCAUUUGUACCAGUUGCAGCGCUGCAACACCCCCAUCACCAGCAGCAGAUGGCAGCAGCUGCCGCAGCAGUAGCGCAUCCCCAGUUGCAUAGUCAGUACCAUAGGCAGAUGGGACACUUUGGGUCACCUCCAAAUGGGCAGUUUGAGCAUCCAUUUCUGGCUAGACAGACACAGCAGCCUGUGCAUAGGAUUGGGGCGCCAGUGCAUAAUACAAUUCCCGGAUAUGUGGAGGAUUUGGAGUCAGCGAGUGGGAAUGGGGGUAGAAAGGUUCUCACUCUGUUUCCUACAGGGGAUGAUUGAAUGUGGGUAAUUGUUGACUCCUUAAUUGAUCUUUCCUUUUUCCUCUUUUAUUUAGCUAUUGGUCCUUGUUAAAUUAGUGUUUACUGGUAGUUCUGUUAGAUUUAAUUAAAUGUGUUGAUUGUGAUGGUUGUGUUAGUUGUUGUUAGUAAUAUUCAAGGUAGAAAUUGGUCUUAGCCUUCCAUCGCCAGAUCCAAUGAUUUCUGAAGUUUCGCUUGGGUAUAUUUUGUGGAGUGGUUGGGAUUAACGGGUAGUGUCAUAUGUGGUGUUCUUCAAUUCCUACGGGCUUCUACUCGUGUAAUUAAGCUGUUGGUAGCAGUCUGUAUUUCCGGUAUCAGCUUCUGGUGAUGGAUAUUGAUCGUGAGGUCAUUCUGGGUGGCAGCAACUGUUAUCAGUCUUGAGAUAUUUGGUCAAUCUGGUUUUGUAGAGGAUUUGCUUUAUCCCAGCACAUAUUGGGAAUCGGCUUGGUGUUCUUACACUUUAAGAGUCUUUUUCUCAGGGAGGUUUUUAAUUGUCAAUCUUCAUGGUGGGGAAAUUGGAACAUCACUUAUCUGAAUUUGUGCUUGCAGAUGAGGAUAAAUAAUGCUGGCAAGUACGGUAUAUGUUUAAUAGGUUCUAAUUAUGGGUUGGUGUCUUUGGUUGGCACAUUUGGCACUGAGUUUCUCAGCAAGGCUUAUGUAUUUGAGUCUCUUCUGUUUUUUAGAUGAUGCAAUGUAGAGGUGACUUGUACUUGUUGUACAUUGUGUGACUUUAUAGAAGACUAAAUCUCAAUGUGAGAGGUUAAAUCCUGAUGUUAUUAGACUGUUAAUUUAAUUUAAUGUUCCAUGAACAUUUAAGUA